UGACGGACAAUAAUAUUGAAUAUCGAUCACUGUCACGGAGAUCUGAAGGAAGCGCGACCGUGUUUUUCAACGCCCAUUGAACACAUUUUCCCGUUCCCGUGUGUGACCAACCCCCGAAGCUGCCGGUGUGGCGCGCGCUCGCUAGUUCGCCUAUUAAUGAGUCGAUUCGCACGACCGCAUGCGAUCGGUCGCGCUACUCCGCAGUUAGCAGCGAGUGAAAGAUUUAAAUUGAAUUAUGUAAGAUUGCCCAAUUCGUGCGGAGUAUCGGUGUAGGAGCGAAGGAUUAGAGAAAAGUGCGUAGUGCGCGUGGAAUCAAAAUGUUUAAGAUACUGAGAACAGUUCCUGGGGCGCGUCCGAAUGCACGCACCGUGCUGAGUGAGGCGAACCCUAACCAGGCACGUGUCGUAGUGGCUGGUGCGGGUCUGUUGGGUAAUUCCGUCGCGUACCACCUGGCGGACAAUGGUUGGAGCAAUGUGCUGGUGCUGGACCAGAGCAAGGUUGGCAGUGGGACGUCCCACUUUGGUUCGGGCACGAUCGGUCUGUUCAAGCCGACGCCCGAGCGUAACAUUGUUAUGGAAAGCCUGAAGCUGUACCAGAAGUUGCACGAGCAGGGCCACGACAUUGGACUGCGGAGAUGUGGCAGUCUUAAUUUAGCGCAAACGCACGAUCGCGUGAUAGCGCUGCAGCGCCGUGCGGCUUACAUUCUGCCGACCGGGAUGCAGUGUGAGCUGGUGGAUUCGGACACGGCGAAGAAGCUGCACCCGUUUCUAAACACGGACGAUCUGCAGGGCGCGGUUUACGUGCCGGAUGACUGUAUUGCCGAUCCGGCCGCCGUCGUGCAGGUGCUGGCGAGUGAAGCGAUGCGGAAAGGCGUCAAGUACUUUGAAGGAUGUCAGGUGAAAUACAUCAACACCAAAAAUGAACGCGUCCACUCGGUCGAAACCGAUGUCGGCACAAUCACCUGCGAAUACUUUGUCAAUUGUAGCGGCAUGUGGGCCCGUGAGCUUGGACUGAAGUCGAAACCACCGGUCCGCGUUCCGGCCUAUCCCGCCCAACACUAUUACGCACUCACGCCCAGCCUAAAUCUACCGACGGACGACGAUAAUCUGUUGCCCUGCAUUCGGGAUUUCGAUUCCAACCUGUACGCCCGACAGUACGAUCAAUCGCUACUGAUCGGUUGGUUCGAGAAGGAUGCCAAACCAGCGUUCGAAGAAACGAAGGACAUCCCGAAAGCGUGGCAAGAUCAUCUGCAAGAGGACCACGGGCAUUGUGCCGCGCUGUGGGAAAAAGCGGUCGAUCGGUUGCCGGUGUUGCGUGACCUAAAUAUGCCUGCGGUACGCAACAGUCCGGACAACUUCACGCCCGACGGACGACUCAUCUUUGGGGAAUCGGCCGAGGUAAAGAACUAUUUCGUUGCCUGCGGAAUGAAUGGGAAUCCGUUGCAGGGUUCGGGCGGUGUCGGUAAAGCGUUGGCCGAAUGGAUCAUCAGCGGUACGCCAACGAUCGACAUGUUGCCGUUCAAUGUGCAACGUUUUCUGGACCUGCACAACAAUCGGCAGUAUCUGCAGCAGCGUAUCCGGGAGGUAGUGGGCCGUCAGUAUGCGAUCCUGUACCCGAACCAAAGCGAGUACAAAUUUUCGCGCAAGCUACGCUGUUCGCCGUUGUACAGCGUGCUGGAGGCGCGCGGUGCCGUGUUCGGUACAAAAAUGGGCUACGAACGGGCGCUAUACUUCGAUGCAGACUAUCGGCGUGGCGAUCCACUGCCAACGCUCCCGGACGGAAGCUUCUACAAACCGAAAUUCUUCCAGUUUAUGGAGAAAGAGUAUCAGGCCUGUGCCCAGCAUGUCGGCAUCAUUGACAUCUCGUCCUUCUCGAAGAUCGAAAUCAAACCCGGCAUUCAGACGGACACGGUUUCGGGCGAGAAUGCCGUCCUGAACUACCUGCAGUACAUGUGUGCGAAUGAUGUGAACAUUGGCGUCGGCCAUAUUGUACACACGGGCAUGUUGAACGAGCGGGGCGGCUACGAGAACGAUUGCAUGCUGAUACGGCAGACGGAGGACAGUUACUUCAUGAUCUCGCCAUCCUCGCAACAGACACGCAUCUACGAGUGGAUGUCCCGCAAUCUGCCCACCGAUGCGUCCGUCCAGCUGAACGACGUUACCUCGAUGUACACCGUGAUAAACGUCGUUGGCCCUAAGUCCACGCUGCUGAUGAGCGAACUGUCCAACUCGGACGUUCGGUUGGCACCGUUCAGCUACCGCAAGCUUAACAUAGGCUACGCGAGCGAUGUAAUGAUCAUGUCCUUCACGCACACCGGCAUGCCCGGGUACUGUCUGUACGUUCCGUCCGAGUACGCACUGCACGUGUACGAUCGGCUCAUCACACGCGGUCGGGAUUAUGGGGCGCGUGAUGUCGGUACGCUAACGCAACGGUUCCUGCGCAUCGACAAGUUUAUUCCAUUCUGGGGCGAUGAGCUGACCAGCAUGGCGACACCGUUCGAGGCAGGCGUGUUUUACUCGAUUUCACAAUUGAAGAAAAAGGAAAAUUUCAUCGGCCGGCAAGCGCUGGAGCGCCAGAAGCGGGACGGUCUGUGCAAACGGCUCGUGCUCUUCCACGUGGAGGAUAUCGACAUCGAUAAGGACGUGUGGCCGUGGGGUGGCGAACCACUGUACAGGAACGAUGAAUUUUGCGGUACCGUCACAUCGGCCGGCUACGGAUUUGCGUCGGAAAAGCUGGUCUGCUUGGGUUACAUUAGUCGCCCGGAAGGAAACACGGUGCGUACGAUAACGACGGAGUUCAUCAUGGAUAAGGAUGCGGUGUAUCACAUUGAUAUUGCCGGCAAGCGGUUCCGCUUAACGCAACACAUCCACCCGAAGGCGGCAAUGGCGAGCGCUAUCGAGCGGCAAGAUCUGAGCAAAUCGUACCGCCCGACGGUCCUGAAAGAGAAAAAACAGCAACAAAGUUGAACGGAUUUUUCUUGCUCUAACGAACAAAAUGGAAAAUAAUUUAUUUUAUGAAUAAAACUGUCGACUGCAGUUCAUGAA